AUGGUUACGCUCAAUGAAGCUUUUGUCAAAAUGAGCGAGACAUUGGUAAGUAAUAAAGUUGUGUCACCCGCCAUCAACGAAGUAACAAAUACAACUGCAAGAUUCUCACCUCGCUCUUCCACUGGGGCCUCUUUGGCAUCCUCACCGUACAAAUUCCUAUAUCACAAGUCGUUUUCCCGAGACAAGCUCGCGAUCAAAGUUAUCUUCUAUUCGAUCUAUAUCUUGGAAACAUUGCAGACAGCUUGGGUGUCCAGGAAAGUGUACUUGUUUUGUGGAAGCGAAAGCGGGAACGAUGUUUCCCUCCGAUUGGAUAACCUGCUUCGAUUGGAUAACCUGCUUCGAUUGGAUAACCUGCUUCGAUUGGACUGGGGAGACGAGGCUUUCAUUGUCAAAACAGGAAUUGUUGGGCUAUUAUGCCAAUGCUUUUCAGCUUGGAGAAUAUGGAUCUUAUCCAGAUCAAAGGUCAUGACGAUUUCAGUAGUCAUCCUAUCUCUGCUAAGCACGGCAGCGACAUUCGCCGGAGGCGCAUAUAUCAUAGCAGCUCUACUUUUAGACAAUUCGGAUACAUUUCUGACCAGGAACAUUACCACGAUUGUAUGGGCUGCAAGUUCGGCUCUCUGCGACACCACAAUCGCGAUUUUCAUGGGAUUGAUCCUUAAAAGAUCGAAAAUAAGGGUACAACAAGGCACUAGUACGCUCAUAACUAAGAUACUGUGGUUAACCGUGACGACGGGGGCAUUGACUGCAUUAAUGGCAUUGUUCGCUCUGAUCUUACUGGUUGCUCCGAUCGGAACCCUUGGAGCAUGGCUCCCUGCCGUCAUGCUGAUAGGAAAGGUGGAAGCUAACAGCUACUUCGCCGUUCUUAACUCCAGAAUUCGACUUGGAAGUAGUGGAGAUGAUACUCAUACGCCAUAUUCCGCCUUUGCCAUAGCAUCCGCUGGAUUUGAGGUGGAUUUGGGUAACUCGGUGUCUGAGUCAAGGCCCGCCGUGCAGGUUCACGUUCAGCAGCGAGUGGAAGUCUCGCUCCCCGUCCGACCACCGUCCUUCCGAGAGGAAAGCGUGAUUCCAAAGGAUGAUACGAAAAGUACGCAGGCGCUCGAGGCUUGA